AUGGAAAGGAACGAAGAAAGGAAUAAUGAGGAAACAGAGAGCAUUGCGAAUGACGCUUGCGCACAAGUUGAGAAUACAGAAGUAUCAAAUGAAUUGAGUGGUUGUCAGGUGCUUGCGUACGGAAUUGGACAUUUUUAUAACGAUUUGUGUGCCAGCAUGUGGUUUACAUAUCUUUUGUUAUUUCUGGAAAAAGUGAUUAUUAUGCGCAGUUCCGUAGCUGGUUUGAUCAUGCUGAUUGGCCAGACUACCGAUGCUUUGACCACGGCGUGUAUUGGAGUUCUGAGCGACUGGACAUCGGCACCACUUUGUUUUCGGCGUUGCGGGCGAAGGAAAUCAUGGCAUGCUUUUGGUACCGUAUUAGUGACUUUUUCAUUUGCAUUUAUUUACAAUAAAUGCUUCAUAUGCGGUCAGUCAGUGACUGAUUGGGAACUUUUAGUCUGGUAUGCACCAUAUGUAAUUAUAUUUCAAAUUGGAUGGGCUGCAGUACAAAUCUCACAUUUGGCUUUGUUACCGGAACUUACGUGUGAUGAGAGCCGUCGAACGACAAUGAAUUCUGUUAGGUAUGGAUUUACGGUUAUCGCAAACUUAGUUAUUUUCGUAGUACUCUCGUUGCUGUUAUAUUUUGAUGAUAAAGGCUCUGCGAUUAGUCCUCUGGACCUUCGCCACUUUAAUACAGUUUCGGGAAUGGUUAUUGUUGUGGGACUUUUUACUGAAAUUAUUUUCUAUACCAUAACAAAAGAACCUUCAAGAGCUGAUCAUGCUCUUAUAUCUACUGAGCCGAGGCAUCAUUCUGGAAUCUUACGUUCCUUCAAAUUAUCACUCAGUAAAUGGAUGUAUCGGUUUCAGUUCUACCAGGUUGGGAUGUUAUACGUGCUUUGCAGAUUAUAUAUUAAUGUAUCACAGGUUUAUUUCCCGUUCUACAUUACACAUUUACCGAAUAUUUCGAAGACAUACGUUGCUAUAUUACCAAUGAUUUCUUAUUGUUCGUCACUUCUUAUUUCUUCUGUGACUGGUUUACCUUUCAUAAAUCGUCGAUGCAAUUUGGAAAGUUUAGCUUUAUUUGGAUGUUUUUGUGGCAUUUCAAGUUGCUUGGUGAUACAAUUUGAUACAUAUUUCCCUGUUCACAUAGUUGCUGUUCUUCUGGGUAUAGCCCAAGCAGUUUUGUUAAUAACUUCACUUUCUGCAGUAGCGAAGCUCAUUAAACAAGAUACAGAAAGUGGUGCUUUUGUUUAUGGUAUUUUCAGUUCCGUGGACAAAAUUUCAAACGGAUUAGCUUUGCAAGUAAUCGAGUUAUUCAGUCCAUCGUCGUGCAUAGCGAGCGAAAGUGCAGACUGCACAAAUUUCUAUCGAGUGGUGAUUGUCGUUGUGCCUAGCACUACUCUUCUGAUUGCUUUCCUCGUGCUCAUUUCUCUGAUAAUAAGCGAGAAAUGGAGUAACAGGGUUUUUCUCGGUGGGUAUGAAUAA